GAAUUUAAAGAAAGUAGGACAAUGUAUACGUAUCAUCCUUUUCUUAACAAAACGAAAACAUGGCUUUGUUUUAAAUAAUUCUUGCGAUUAUCUCAACGGAAACCUUUUUUCACGGCUAAAUCUACAAGAAACUAUGGCUUUCACUAACUGGAACAGAGCAUCUUUAUGGUGCUGUCGGGGAAGAACAUAAACAAACUUCGUCACCGAAACAGAUUAUUCGACGUCUUCGUCUUCUUUCUUCUAGCAGGUUCAAAAUCACCAGUCCAAGGAUACAACGCUGGAAACAACGAAUUAUUACUCUUGAACAAACAUGGAUGACCAAACAAGAAAUAUGCCUGUAAGCGUUGGCGUUUAUAGCAACGCUAAACAAAUUGCAAAAGGGCGCACAGACCAUGGACAGACAACUUGCACCAACAUGAAAGGCUUGUUAUCUAGGUUUCCUUCCGAUGAUUCAGUCUCGAUUGUUUCUGAAGUAAGAUCUAAAGCACACACCAAAUCUUUGACGUUAAUGGUCUCAAGCUCAAGCGUCGUACUGGUCGGUCAGUCAAGCAUAGAACAAGGAAAAAAUGAUCAUUGCUGUGGCCAAGAAAAGCUUUCUAAAGAAGUACAAGCCCAUUGCCGAAAGGCAGACUCGGAUGGAAUUGUUUCAUACAAUGUUGAAAAACCGAUGCCCCUAAUCAAGAAACAAGGGUAUCUCAAAGGACCACAAUGCGAGAGAAUCCUGGAAAAACUUGAGAUUUUGCAAGACAAUGGACAUUUUAACGAACACGAGCAAUUAGUCACGUCGUUGCUUCAGUAUUGUGCCAAUGGAAAGGAACCUGACUUGGAGUUGGCCUUAAAAAUAGAGCGAGGAGUGGCCUUUACUUAUCAGAGAGAGUCUCGAAAAAGCAAGAGUAUGUUUACCUCAGUCAUACAAUCAGACAAAAACAAAACGUGUCAUGCACUUAAUUCGGAUAUUCUGAUGGCAAGAGCCUUCUUUUUACUUGUGGCUGACAAAAGAAGAGGAAAGCGUGUGAAGUUACCUAGGCUCUUUGAAUACCUUGAGCGCAGCGAGUUUUUGUUGCAAAACUACGACUCGCCGGAAGAUUGGGCCGAACUCUACCAAAAAUACGGUCACCUUUGGAUGGAUCGCAUGAGCCUUAUACCGGAUGACCAGCGGAAUGCACAGGAGCGUACAAUCGUCAAAGAAAAGGCGAUAGACUGUCUUAAGAAAGCUAUCUCUUGCAGCCAAGAGGAUCCUCGAUUAAGGGUCCAGGCCAAAAGGCAAAGGUACACUCAUCUCAGUCUUGCAGCAUUACGCCUUGAUUGUGUUUCAACUGCCACGCGAACCCAAGCGAAACCUAUUCCAUUAACUGACAUAAAAGAAGCAGAAGAACACCUCAAUUUCGUUCAGCAUAAUCUUGGUGACAGUAUCCCCACAGGCACAAGAGUACUGCUCUUGAAAAAACGAUCGGAUCAGUUUUAUCGCCAAGGGCGUCUGCAACUUGCAAAGGAGAAAGCUGAGGAGGCUCUUAAUCUCGCCUCCUCUAAUAAAUUUAACACCGAAAUAGACCCACUGCAAGGACGUAUAACGUUUCUCGACGAUAAAAUUGAAAAAAACAAGCUAGUUGUUUCUACAGAACUCGAGCAUUCAAGUAGCGAAACCUGUUGCAGUGAAUAAAUAUUGGAAAGAUGGAGAAAGAUGUCGAUGCAAAAAGGAAAUCUAGUCCAAAAGGUUCGAGCCAAAAAAAUUACUAAAUAAAUAAGUAAAUGCUCCAAAAUUAUUUGGGAACAAAAGUCGUCCAAUAAGAUGGCCUUCAUGGCGAUUUCUCUUAUUGUUCUUUACUCUUCCUUUCAUUUAUUUUUCCAGAAUAUUUCUUCCGAACCAAUCAUUCAAGUCUUUUUCUUUCCAUUCGAGGAAAAUAUCAGUUUCUUCGCCUUCCCUCUAAAACCGCAGGUCGAUGAGUACAUAAUAAUUCCUCGAUUCCUGAAUAGUGGCAAACCAGAAAGAAAAAGUGUUGUUAUUGUGCAAUUUUGAAAAUUUUUUUCUGAAAAAGUUCGCCUUAGCCGACGCAGAUUAAAAUUAACAUCACGUCAUUCAAUUUCCUGACAAAACUGACACGGAUUGUAGCCUGGUAAGAGAGUUCUGCUUUCAUUGUUAAGCAGUUUACUGACCUCGUUCAACAGCAAAGGAAAGUACAAAUGAUGUAAUGAUAUAAUGCCUGAUGACUCACGCGACGAAUUUUUGCCGGAAAACGAACGUGAGGGAUGCAAAAAACUAAGCCACUAUCUACGCACCUACGUUAGCAGUCGCCAGCAGUCACUAACAGUCGCCUGGGUUAUUAUAUCGUGUUGCGUCAGUAUUGCAGCAAGCCGUAUUAAGCAAUAACAAAGAUAUAAAGGGAAUUUCCCUUUUGAUUACAAUAAACCUAUUCAUAUGUAAAUUGCAUUUAUGAGGGCUGAAUACUUAAACUUUAAAGAAAAAUUCGCGAGGGAUCUCUUUGAUGAAAGUUGCUUUUUCGAUCAUAAUUCCAAGAAACCGUCGCUGCAAACA